UCGCCGUCCAGGUUCCACAUCGACAAGCAAAGGUGCCGGCACAGGUGCUCGUGGAAGUGCCUCAGCAUCGGGCUGAUCGUGCUAGCUGUGGGGCUGUCCGCCAUGUUGGCUUACUUCGCAGCUGUCAGCUCCAUGAAACCUAACAUAGAUUCUUCGAACUGUAUCUUGGUUCAAGAUGUCAAAGAUGUUAGCAACGACCAGAUAACGAUGGGCUCAUCUACACAACAACCGACUGAAGAAUCUCUGCCGACAAGCACAUCCGAGCACGCAGCCAGCGCCACCACGCAACACAACGAUCCCCAGCACCAGCCGCCCACGCUGCAGCAGCAACAGCAGCAGCAGCCGCAGCCGCUGUGGCCGCCGCUGCCGCUGCUCGAGCAAACGGAGCUGGACGCCAUGCACGCAGCCACGAUACCGCCCUACCAGUUCUGGAACAGCGAAUUCAGGAACAAGCAGCCGGCCUUCAUAAGGUUCAACUUUACGUUGCCUUGGGGAGCUAAUUUUGCGGUGUACGGGCGUCGGAAUGUGGCGCCCAGCGUCACCCAAUACGAUUUCGUGGAGUUCGUUAAGGGUGGUAGGGUCGACCAUAGGCUGCGAAGGAAGCGGGACAUCAAUGAAGGGACCCUAGACCUAACCAAAGCUUUCGAACUCAUUAAUCAUGAAAUACUAUUGCAAAAAUUACAGCACUAUGGUGUCAGAGGCAAAGCUAAUGAUUUGAUGAAAUCCUACCUCAGCAAUCGGACACAAAUAGUCGGUAUCUCAUCAGAAAAUAACUCCAAGUCUUCGACAUACUAUUCUGACAGUGUACAAGUUGGUAUAGGGGUGCCUCAGGGCUCCAUACUCGGACCAAUUCUAUUCUUAAUAUUUAUUAACGACAUAUGUUCCCAAAUAGACAUUAGUUCCGUUUUCUUAUUCGCAGACGAUAUUUCAGUCGUUGUGUCUGAAAGAGACAUCGGUGCUUUGAAUGAGACAUCUAAUACAACUGUCUCUCGAGUUGUAGAAUGGUGUGAAAAUAAUUCUUUAGUGAUCAAUAAGAACAAAACGAAUUACUUAUUUUUCAAAAAUCAUAGGAAAGAUACACUUCACAUUGAUAUAUACAAUUCUCGAAUUAAUGCAACAAAUUCUGUCAGAUUUUUAGGGGUAAUGAUAGAUGAAGAUCUACGAUGGACGGAUCAGGUGAGAGCAAUAAUGAGUAAAUUAGCAUCUGCUUGA